AUCUGAUUUUUGUAUUUAGGAGAGAGACAAAAACAAUAACUAAAUUACAAUUAUAAAGGAAAAAUCAUAAUCCACUUUUGGUCCCUCUUCUUCUUUUACUCAUUUCCUUUCUUUCUCUUUUUAUAAAACCCCCUCUCUUCCUUUUUUUUAAUUUAAUCUUCAAUUCUUCGCACUUCUGCUCCACUUAGCUCAAAGAACACUCCUUUUGUUUUUCAUAUUGCGAAUUCAGCAAAACCCAGUUUCUAUUUUGAUCUUUAAAGUUGAAGAAAUAUUAUUUUUUUUCUCGAGGAAAAUUAAAAAUCCAGCCUUUUCUGUGUUCAGAAAAGCUCUGAAAUCAGAAAUUACUACUUGGGUGUUUCUUGGUUCUUUUACCCUGUACUUGUAUACUUCUGGGGUGAAAAAAGUUCCAUUUUUUGGGCAAAAUUUGAUCUUUAGAGGGUAAAUUUUGUAGCAGGAAUAUGAUUGUUUUAUAACAGGAAAAAAGAUUGUAAUUUGAGAAAGAGAAAAAAAGAUUUCUCUGAUUUCUGGGAAAGUUUAGAAGGAAAAAAAAUGGGGUUGGAAGUUGGAGAGUCAUUUGUUAAGAAGACACUCAGGAAAUUAUGUUUGAGCCAUGGUUGGUCUUAUGGUGUUUUUUGGCGUUUUGAUCCACGGAAUCAUAUGUUGUUAACUGUAGAAGAUGCUUACUAUGAGAAUCAUGUUGCAACUGUAAUGGAUAAUAUGCUUCUGCAAGUCCACAUGCUUGGUGAAGGAUUAAUCGGUGAAGCCGCUCUGGAUGGGAGACAUAGAUGGAUGUUUGUAAAUCCUUCAACAGUAAAUUACAACCUAAAUCUCCAGUUUUCAUCUGGGAUUAAGACUGUUGCAGUAAUCCCAGUCGAUUUGCGAGGCGUGGUACAAUUCGGGUCCACGAAAGAGAUUUUUGAAACACCUGAGAUGUUGGAUCAAGCAAGGAAGUGUCUUCUUCAAGACAAUGAUUCUUUUUCCGGGGUAGCAGGAAGUCAUCCUUUGUUGUCCAAUUCCGAUACCGGGGGCCCGAACGGGCUGUUUCCUUCCUUGUCUACAUCUUGGGAAACCGGCAUAGAAGACUGUUCGUUGUUUGAUUCGUUACAGUUUCCUGGAGAAUUGUACGGGAUCGAGCAGUUUGAGCCCGUUCAUCUUCUACCACCAGUAUCAUUGCCUGAUACAUCUCAAUCAGAUGAUCUUUCACAGUGGCUUGCAGAUUCAUCAAAGCUUUGUGUUACUGGGUUAGAUCUAGAAGCCAUGCUUUCUGAUGACAUCCCAUCAAAUAACCAAGGAAAACAACCAGCUUCCUCGUCACAAAACUCAUUAACUAACGCGUUUGAUUUUGGCUAUGGCGAGUUGGGUGAUGUGGUUAAUGCUGUUGAAGAUAAUAAAAUCAACACCUUGUCGGGCCAUGGCCCGAAAAAAGGGUUGUUCUCUGAGUUGGGUUUGGACCAUCUUUUGACAAAUGGUUGUUCUAGUGGAAGUUCUUCUAUAGAAGAUCAAUGGCAGUCAUCCAAAAAGAGGAAAACCGAACCCUAUCAAACCACGGUCAAUAAUAAUAACCAAAUGCAGCAAAGUUUCCAAUCUUGGGGAGUAAAAGUGAUGCAACCUACAAGUACUGGUGUACAAAUGCAGGAUUUCGGGUCAUUAAAAGAAUGUAUGGCGAAAUCACAAGGAAGGUUGUGGAUUGAUGAAAGCUAUAGUGGUGGGGAUGCUAAGAGCUGCAUCAGUGGUGCUAAUAUACCAAGUAAGCCCGAAGAACCUCCAAAGGCCACUAAGAAAAGAGCCAGGCCCGGUGAAAGUACCCGUCCAAGGCCCAAAGAUCGACAAUUGAUUGCUGAUCGUAUUAAAGACUUGAGAGAUCUUAUCCCUAAUGGUGCAAAGCUAAGCAUUGAUGCGUUGCUAAAUCGCACCAUUAAACACAUGCUUUUCUUGCAAAACUUGAACAAGCAUGCAGACAAACUCAAACAAGUUGAUGAACCUAAAUUGAUGAUUGGCCAAGAAAAUGGCUUAAUUCAGAAAGCUAUUUCAACCUCAGGAUCUUCGGGUGGUAGGCGUAAUGCUACUUGGGCAUACGAAGUUGGAGGAUCGAACCUUCUUUGUCCAAUUAUAGUAGAGGAUCUUAAUGAACCAGGUCAAAUGCUCAUUGAGAUGCUCUGUGAAGAACGAGGAUACUUCCUAGAGAUAGUUGAUGUAGUUCGCGGCUUUGGCUUAACCAUACUCAAAGGAAUCAUGGAAACGAGAAACGACAAAAUAUGGGCACACUUCAUUGUUGAGGGAAACAAGCAUAUAACGAGAAUGGAUGUAUUCGUGUCCCUAAUGCAGCUAUUGCAAGGCACAAACACGAGUGAAGUACGAAGCACAACGUGUGAGGCGGCUAACAUAGUCACCAACGCAGCUCCAUUAUGGUGCGAUUUCCAGCAACAUGUGGUGCCACUUCCCAUUUAAGCAUAAUGACAAACACUAAAAGGGAAUUCAAGUUGCUUAGUAUUUGGUUAAUGUAUAGAGAUCUAGGAAUUUAACCCAAGUGCACAAUCAGCACGAAGAGGAGUAAUCAACAAAGUGUAAUCAACCUGUUUAUAUCGAUCCUCGGGCUUAUUGCAGUUGUAGCUUAAUUUAGCUUGUUGUUAUAUAGUGUUAGAAAUUUAAUUAGUUGGUAUACUUAGGCCUGACCCUUGAGGCUCUUCUUUGUUUUGCCUCAAUUUUUUUCGUAAUCUUUCUUGUGGCUAUUUUGGUAAGUAAAUGGAAGAUGAUUAAUCUCUUUCUUUAUUCUCAA